AUGUACCUCAAGUGUGGCAGUGUAGAGAACGCCGAGGACAGGAACAGGAUGGCUCACUUCCGAGACGUCACGACGUGGACGGCAAUGUUGUCCGCGUACUCUCGUCAAUCCAGCAGCAGCACCAAGGUGUUCGAGUUCUACUGCCAGAUGCUCCACGGUGUCAAGCCCGACAGCUUCACUUUCACAGCCGUGUUGAAACCCUGCGUUUCUGUGAAGGGAGCGUUAAGUGGCGGCAAGGCGAUCCACUCCCAGAUCUUAGAGAGCGGGCUAGAGGACGACGAGAUCAUCGGAACUUCGGUCGUGAGCAUGUAUGGGAAGUGCAGCAGCCUGGUUGAUGCUCGAGCCUGGUUUGAUGGAGUUUGUGUCCGACGUCCGCAUGGAGUGGUGUUGUGGAACGCCAUGAUCUCGGCUUACGUCCAGAACGGCUGCUGUGGACAGUCCUUGGAGCUCUUCACGCUGAUGCUCUUGGAAGGCAUCGCCCCAAACAGUGUCACGUAUGUCACGGUUCUCAAUGCUUGCAGCUCUACGUUGACGCUGGGUAUUGGCAAGGCGGUUCACAUCUGUGUUUGCGAUCUCGGCCUCGAGUCGGACGUCAUCCUUGGGACCGCGCUGCUCAACAUGUAUGGCAAGAGCGGGAAGCUGGAUGAAGGGAAGAUCUUUGAAAGGAUCAAACCUCCGGACUUGGUGUCGUGGAACUCGAUGAUAUCGGCUCUUGUCCGGGACGGCCAAGGAGACAGUGCUCGAACGUUGUUCAAGCAGCUACUUCUGGAAGGCCUCGCUCCAAAUGAGAUCACUCUCAUCUCUACUCUCAAUGCCUGUGCAUGUCCAGGAGAUUUGACGGAAGGAACGCUGCUCCCUGCCUGCAGCUAUGAAAGUGGCCGGGCCACGGUACUCUUCGUGAGGAAUGCUCUCGUAGACAUGGAAAAUGCGGCUGUCUAG